CAUAAGCAGCAUAUUUAUCUGAAAUCGAAAGCUGGAAACGUCUUCACGAGCCAAAUUACCCUGAGUCCGGUCCAAUAUUUUCCUGAGAAUGGAACAGGCGGAGAGCGCUUGUUUCUUUAAAGCGAGAAAGAGCGAGAGCCAGAGCAAAGGGAAGAGAUCGUCGACUUCGCUGCCGAUCGGGGAUGGGCAACGCCGGGUCAGAGGCCGCCGAGCCUCUCCGAGAGCGGAGCCAACUCUGCUUCAGCCUUCAGCCCUUGAUUUUCGUAGCAAGACUCUCUGUUCCGAUGCUUCUCAUUCUAGGGAAGCACAUGUACCAUCAGCUCUUCCAAUGGCUGCUUCUUCGAAUAUGAAAAGAAAUUAUUACCAUGUGUUCCUCAGUUUCAGAGGAACAGAUGUCCGCCACGGCUUCCUCAGUCAUCUCUACGCCACUCUGGACCAGAGAGGAAUAUACACUUUUGUGGAUCGCGAGGAGCUUAGGAAAGGAGAGGAAAUAUCGCCGACGCUCAUGAGGGCGAUCGAGCAAUCGCGCAUUGCGAUCAUCGUUUUCUCUAAGGACUACGCCUCCUUGCCAUGGUGUUUGGAAGAGCUCUUGAAAAUCAUGGAGUGCAAGGAGCAAAACGACCUGAUGGUGGUGUUCCCAGUGUUUUACAAAGUGGAACCUAGAGAAGUGAGAGGGGGGAGAGAGAGUUAUAAGAGAGCUAUGGAUAACCACGAGUCCAAGUUCGGGAAGGAUUCAGAGAAAGUGAAGAGAUGGAAGAGGGCUCUCCUUGAUGCUGGUAACUUGUCUGGGUGGCACUUCAAUGACGGAGAUGACGAAGCGGAGCUCAUACAAUCCAUCGUCAAUGAAUUAUCAAUUUGUCUCAGACCAAGAUCCUUAUAUGUCGCUAAGUAUCCAGUCGGUAUAGAAUCCCAAGUUCAAAAUCUGAUAAGUUUGUCAGAGCCAGCUGGCAGUGAUGUUUUGAUGAUAGGUCUAUGGGGACCUGGCAGCAUUGGAAAGACGACGAUUGCUAAGGCACUAUAUAAUGCUAUUAAGGACCAAUUUCAGGACCAAUUUCAGGAUUGUAGUUUUUUGGAGCGAGUUAGAGAAAAAUCGAACCAAAGCGGUGGUCUUGUUGCUUUGCAAGAACAACUUCUAUCUCAAAUCUUACGUCAUAAAGAAUUAACGGUCUACGAUGUCGAUGGAGGAAUUAGUUUGAUACAGGAAAGACUAUGUCGCAAGAAGGUUCUCCUUGUUCUUGAUGAUGUUGAUGAUAUGGAUCAACUGGAUGCCUUAGCUAGAAAAGGCGAUUGGUUUGGCGAAGGGAGUAGAAUCAUUGUUACAUCAAGAGAUAGACAUUUAUUAACUUCUCAUGACAAAAAUUAUGUGUAUGAAGUUAAAACUUUGGAAGACAAUGAAUCACGAGACCUUUUUGGUUGGCAUGCCUUUACAAACAGCAAUAAAGUAGAAAUAAGAAGGGAUCUCAUUGAUGGAGCACUGCAUUAUGCCGGCGGCCUUCCAUUAGCCCUGGAAGUGUUGGGCUCAUUCCUACGUGGAAGAAAGGAACCUGAAUGGGAAAGUACGUUGCAUAAACUCUCUAAAAUUCCUGAAUCAAAAAUCAAUCGAGUUCUCAAGAUAAGCUUCGAUGGAUUGGACGAGAAUGAGAGGGAGAUUUUCCUUGAUAUUGCUUGUUUCUUUAAGGGGAAAGGUAUAAAGGGCAUCAAGGAAGUUCUUGACAGCUGUGAUUUCGACACAAUCAUAGGAAUAGAAAUUCUCAUCGAAAGAUCCUUGAUAAAAAAUGAGGGCAGGACCCUGCAAAUGCAUGAUUUGAUUCAAUCGAUGGGUCAAGAUAUUGUUAAUCAAGCAUGUCGUGAUAAUCCUGGGAAACGUAGCAGAUUAUGGCUUUUGGAAGAUGUUGAGGACGUUUUUUGUUAUAAUACGGGGACGGAUGUAGUAAAGGCCAUAGUAUUGGACUUGCGCCCACCAAUAGGCAUAGUAGUGGACUUGCCCCUACCAGAAGCAAUAAUCAUCAGUCCUGAUGCUUUCACAAAUAUGAAAAAGGUUGAGAAUGCUCAUUUUGCUUGGAGUGCAUAUCUCGUCACAAGCUCAAGUUCGUCUCCCUAACGAGCUAAGAUGGCUUGAAUGGCCCAAUGCCCCGAAUCUAGAAUUUGGCUUUGGUCGAAAUAAACUCGUGAGACUCGAUGUCCCGAAAAGUCAAAUUAGACAAUUAGGGGGCAACUUUCAUAAUUUUGGAAAGCUGAAGUCCAUCAAUUUCAGUGAAUGCAAGUCCCUGGUUAGUAUUUGCGACCUAUCAUCUGCUCCAAAUAUGGAGAAAUUGAUUCUUAAUGGGUGUGAGAGCUUGGUGGAGGUUCACCCAUCCGUUGGAAAUCUUGUCAAGUUAGAAGUUUUGUCGCUAGAGUCGUGCUCUAAUCUUAGUAAUUUUCCCAACACACUGAGGACUAAAUCUCUUCAAACCCUUAAUCUCUCUUGUUGUUCUAAAUUCGAGAAGUUCCCAAAUAUUGACGUAAAGAUGGAACAUCUAAAAGGACUUUAUCUUGAUAGGACGGCUAUUGAAGAACUCCCUGCAUCAAUUGAAAAUCUUGUCAAAGUGAAGCAGAUAACAUUAGCAUUUUGCAAAAAACUCAUAAGGCUUCCAUGGCACAUUUAUAAGUUGAAAAAACUCAUUUUUUUUAAUCUUUCUGAUUGCUUGAAUUUAUUCACGUUUCCAAAAAAUAUGGAGGAUUCAACUGAUCCCAAUGUCGGAUUCCAAAAACUAAAGUUCCUAGAACUUAGCCGCUGCAAUCUAUCGGAAGUAGACUUCCUCGAGAGUUUUUCCAGUUUUCCCAUAUUGGAGAAACUAUACCUUUUAGAUAACAAGUUUACUCAUCUGCCGGCAUGCAUAGACAAGUACCAUAGUUUGUUCGAAUUGUCUGUUAAUAGAUGUAAGCUACUACAAGAGAUUCCUCAGCUUCCACCAAGAAUCGUGCUAUCAGCCCGAUGUUGCAAAUCUCUGCAAAAAUUCCCAGAUCUGGGGGGUCGCCCCGACCUCGCUCUUCAGGUUGACUUGACUUCAUGUUGUGAAUUACCCCGCAGAGGGGUCACUAUGGCAGAUGUGGCUGAUUUGUCGUUACUCGAGGUCUGUCUGUCUGUCUCUCUAUAUGUGUAUAUAUAUGUUAACUGCAAAUGCUUGAUAUGCGUACUAUCUGUGUGACAGGAUCUACCAAAGGUGGAUCGUCUCAACUUUAGCCUACCUGGGAGAGAGAUGCCUAAAUGGAUUCUCCCCUGUGAAGGGGAUUCCAUAUCUUUCAUGAUUCCCCAGGAGUUGUACGACAAGUUCAAAGGAGUAGCGCUCUGUGUUGUUCUUGGCCCAGACGAAGGAAAAGUGGUCAAUGCUACAUGUAUAGUCGGAAGAUAUGUUAACGGCGGGACAGCGGGUCCAUUGGCGGAAAAUUUUUAUUCAAUUGAAUCUGACCAUGUGUGGUUUAUUUAUUAUCCACACCAUUUUUUUAAUCUGCAAAAUGAUUGGAGCCAUUACCAAGUUUGCCUCAGGGCAGAAAAAGCAAGCAUAAAGAAGUUCGGAUUCCGUCCAAUAUGCGAGCAAAAGGAGGAUGUUCUGAGGAUGGUGAUCCCAGCACCAUCAGACGAUGGAAACAAAUUGGAGUUUUCAAGGA